CCCACGGUUGUGCAGAAGCUCUCGCUCGCUUGCUUGUUCCUCCACCGAGCCGCCGCCUCACGCUCACCACUCCCACAUCCUCAAAUCUUCCAUCCCACUUUCCAACUUCAAUCGGAUGCUCAAGACCUACCAUAGCAAUGAAGGUCAAGAAAUCUGCAAAGAAGCAGAGCGCUCCACCGGAGGACGUCGCGGCACUCAUCAAACGUAUACUCGCAGCGUCCGGCGACGACCUUACCAUUGUCCUCAAACAGUUUCAAGUAUGGCGCUAUCCUCGUGGGGAUCUCCAUGCCUGGAUACCAGUCUUAGAUCGAUUUGAUAAUUUGCUUGCCGAAAUUAUCAAAAGCUAUGACCUCACCAAGCUGCAAAUUAACGACUUUACGCCCAAGACAAAGGAUAUGUUACUGGAGAUACUCAGACUGCAACGGAUUCUUAUGGAGAACUGUACCAACAGGAAACUUUUCAACUCAUACGAUCGAUUAGCGGAUCUCCUCCUCACCAAUGACCUCGAUGUUCUUCUCGCCACAAUCUUUGUCCUCCUACGACCUUCUCAACAGUACGCCAUAUCAACUCCGCUUGAUCCUGCCCAACGGCACGCAAUACUUCAACGGCUUCUGGCCCUCAGUCGAGGCUGGGAAAGCCUGGUACAUUCUGGGCUGGAUUUGACCACAAUCGCCUCUGCCAAUGAGGUUGUAAUCCCUGAACACUUGCGACAAGUCCAAGUACACUUUUAUCCCACCGUUCAACGUCAGGAAGCACCGUCUUUGGACAAGUCACCAGUCAAAAUGUUAAGUUCUGGCGCAAUGGAAACCCCGACCCGCCAAAGACCUUUUGUUUUUGGAAAAGCGGGUACACCGGUUGUUCGACAGGGCGGGGCGGCAUCCACGUCGUCUGGUCCAUCGGUGGUCGACUUGGGUGAUGUCUCAACCAUGGAGGUCAACUUCACCGACCAACUUAGUGCGCUUGCCGAAAAGAACUACAUCCCCUUGGAAGAGCAGUUUGCUACCUUGAACAAGCUCAGAUUGGUCAUUCUUAUGAAGGAUCGAGAAAUUAGAAGACAACUUUUGUCUGUCCGCCUGUUUGCCCUCGCCACUUACGUUUAUCUCGCAUCUGAAGAUGCUGCUCAGUCUAAUCUAUUCCUUUAUGAGCCUGAGCUUGUCUCGCAACUUGCAGAUCUUCUACGUUCUAGUUCUGAUGUGGGGGAACAAGUUACUACCGGCACCUUACUGGCUUUGUGUGCUUGCGCUCAUCAUCAGGCCAAGAUGGGAGAAGUCAUGACGUCUGUCAGUGCCAAUGUAAACCACGGCGUGUUGGUCACAUUUUUCCGGCAUUUGAAUGACCGUCUGGUGGCAGGAGAGGCAGUGUCUUUCGAAUUGGUUGAUGCGACAAUGUCUUUUUUGGCCUUUGUGGCAACCUCACCCUCCCACAGCAAUAUGCUCAUGGGGGCGGGAAUCUUGCGGUUGUUAUUAGAAAUGUUGAACACUACUGGCGAUAGACGGGAAAACUGCAUUCCGCGAGCGGCAGGGUUGAUUGACCAUAUCGUGUUUUCAAAUCCUCAGGGUUUAUCUAAUUUCAGUAGCAUUGAUGGCGUUAACAAUUUAGUUCAGCGAGUUAAAACCGAGAUCGAACUUCGUCUCCAAGCCCGCGACGAAGCAGCGUCUGAGACGAUCUCAGAAGAGACCAUCCUUUCGUGUGCAAACAACCCUCUAAAGACCAUACUUCGCUCCAUCCAAAGGCUUAUGCAAGCUUCGGGAGGGACAGAGGGCUUACGAAACUUGGUGGAUUCUGAUCUACCAAAGUCCUUGAAGGUUAUAUUCCAAAACUCGCCCAAGUUCGGCUCUCGAGUAUAUGCUCUGGCUAUAAAUACCAUGGCUACCUUUGUCCACAACGAACCGACAUCCCUGGCGAUCCUGCAAGAGAUGCAACUGCCUCAGACUCUUUACGCUCAGCUCGAAAAAGAAGUACCUUCAUCUAGCGAUGUUCUUACCGCUAUCUCGAAUGCAGUAGGCGCCGUCUGUCUGAAUCAGUCAGGCCUUGAGUACACCGUCGCUCAUCCAGAUGUGAUCAACAAUUUGGUCAGUAUUGUCAUGUCGACAGAUCACGCGCAAGUGUUCAAUGAACGAGAGAAUGCAAGAGCUCUUGGUUUGUCUCUCGACGAAUUGUCUCGUCACCACCCAUCUUUGAGGCCGGUAAUCAUCAAAGCCGUCGUUAAUCUCCUUCGGCAAGCGAUUGAUACUGGUGCGGCAUUUGAACCUGCAAUAGACGAAAGGCCGGAUUACAUCAUUGAAGAAAUGGCUCAACAAAUGGUUCCAUCUUUAGAGACGCAACCGGCUAAAACGUCACCUUCAAACCCUACUCUCGCUGCUUUUACGAGAAUCUUCAGGGUACUGGGAGGUCUACUCCGCAAUCCGACUAUUGUCAAAGAUUUCGUUGAUGCUGGCGGUUUUGAUCUUGUUUUCACCAUGACCGACUCUCCAUGUUGGCCGAUUCGCUUCGGAAAUAC